AUUUUGUAUUCAAUUCUAAUAGCUAUUUUUCUCUCAGUGGCAGUAUUCCUAACAUAGAUGGGACCUGAGAACUACACAGUUGUUACAGAGUUCAUUCUUGUGGGGCUAACAGAAGAUGCUACAAUCUGUGCCAUUUUAUUUGUUGUGUUUUUAAUAAUCUACUCUGUCACCUUAAUGGGCAAUGUGAGCAUAAUCAUGCUAAUCAGAGGCAGCCCUCAGCUUCACACCCCCAUGUACCUUUUCCUCAGCCAUUUGGCUUUUGUAGACAUUGGGUACUCCAGCUCAGUCACACCCAUCAUGCUGAGGGGGUUUCUCAGGAAAGAAACAUUUAUCAUUGUGGCUGGCUGUGUGGCUCAACUUUGCUCUGUAGUGACAUUUGGGUCAGCUGAGUGCUUCCUGCUGGCUGCCAUGGCCUAUGACCGCUAUGUAGCCAUCUGCUCGCCUCUGCUCUACUCCACACAGAUGUCCUCCAAAGUCUGCAUCCUCCUAGUGGGAGCUUCCUACCUGGGGGGAUGUGUGAAUGCUUGGACAUUCACUGGCUGUUUAUUAAAUCUGUCCUUUUGUGGACCAAAUAAAGUCAAUCACUUUUUCUGUGACUAUUCACCACUUUUGAAGCUUUCUUGUGCUCAUAACUUUUCUUCUGAAGUCAUUCCAGCAAUCUCUUCAGGAUCCAUCAUUGUGGUCACUGUGUUUAUCAUUGCUCUGUCUUAUGUCUACAUCCUUGUCUCAAUCUUGAAGAUGCGCUCCCCUGAGGGCCGCCACAGCUUCUCCACCUGCACCUCCCACCUCACUGCAGUCUCUCUGUUCUAUGGGACCAUCACAUUCAUUUAUGUGAUGCCAAAAUCCAUCUACUCCACAGAUCAGAACAAAGUGGUAUCUGUAUUCUACACAGUGGUGAUUCCUAUGUUGAACCCCAUCAUCUAUAGCCUCAGAAACAAGGAUGUUAAAGAGGCCAUGAAAAAACUGAUGGCUAACACUCACUGGUAG